CACCGCGGGGCUCGAGGCCAACCCGCCAGGGGCCCCGGCGCGGUGCAGCUCCCACUGCCGCCGGACGCUCGAGGUUGGGCCGCGCGGGGGUCCCGCUCCUCCAGGCCCCGACGGAGACGGCGGCGGCGGCGGCGACGACAUCUUCCCCACCCGCUCCGGAUCAAUGGGAAGGGCCUGCUGGGCGCGCCCUCACGGGGACGGCUGAGGCGGGGCGGCCAUCUUUGUUGAGGGCCCACGGCGCGCUCCAAGGAAAGCGGCGGCCAUUUUAAGCGGGGAACCGAGCGGCGGUCCCGCUCCCGCCAUCUUUGACGAGGGCGGGCGCGGGCUCUGGGCGGCUUUGGACACGCGUGUGCGCGCGUGUGUGGAUUGGUGUGCGUGUCUGGGGACGGUUAAUUUCGGAGGAGCGACUGUGUGGUGUUGCGGGGGGGAACCUAUUCCUGAGAAACGAAAUAGGAGAGAUUAUGUAUAUAAUUACAUUAGUACAGUACUAUAUUAUUAUUAUUGUUAUUAUUAUUAUUGCUAUUAUUUAUUAUUGCAUUUAUAUGCCACCUUUAUCUUCCUAGGAAGCUCAAGGUGGCGUACAUGGUUCUCCUCCUCCCCGUUUCAUCCUCACAACAACCUUGAGGAGGAGGAGAAAAGGGGGAUUAUUGGCUUUUUAAAAAAAUUUAUUACUAUAUAUAGUUAGUGUGUGUGUGUAUAUAUAUAUAUAUAUAUAUAUAUAUGCAUAGUGAAUUUUAUGUUGCAAACCACCCUGAGACUUCCGGGUAUGGGGCAGUAUACAAAUUUAAGGAACAAUAACAUAAUAUUUAUGCUAUUUAAUUUAUUUAUUUAAUUUAUUUAUUUAAUUUAAAUUUAAGGAAUAAUAACAUAAUAGAUUAGGCUAAGAGACGGUGACAUGGGCAUAGCCAGGGUCUUUGUUAGGGGUGGGGCAUGCUUUUGUUGUGGGCCAGGCUUUUGUUAGAGGGGGCAGAACCUCAGGUUUUUAAUGAUUGGGGGCGACAGCUGCCCCUCUGUCCCCCCCCUGGUUACAUCCAUGAAUGGUGACUGGCUCAAGGUCACCCAGUGAGUGUGGAUUCGAACCCUUGUCUCCCAGGCCAUAGUCCAACACUAACGCCAACGCCACAUUGGGUCUCUGGAGAUGGCAGCUGGGCGGCGCGUGGCGGCAACCAACCUCCCCAGUCCUAUAUCUAGUCGUGUUCAUUUGGAAGGGAGUCCCUGCCGGCCAGCCAGCCUUUGGGGUGGUGGCUCAGUGGACUUGUGUCAGUAGGAUUAAAACAGAUCCUCUAGAAAUGGCAUUUUUUUUUACGUAAGCCACCUUUCUCACACACACACUCGCACACCAUCUGGUUCGUUCAUUGAUUUUGUUGAUUUUGUUAGUCGCUUUUGUCUUGCCUGAGGUAACCCAAAGCCUGUUUUGCAAACAGACAAAAAAACAAAACAAAACCCUGCACGUAGAUACAUUAAAACCAAGAGGAAAACAAAAUACAUUACAAAUGUCCCGAUGUAUUUUGUGGCUACAAAUAGUUAAAGACCUGGUUAUAGAGGAAUGUUUUCGCUUAAUGCCUAAAUGCAGUGCUUUUUGGGGGGGGGGAUGCGUGAACUAUAAAAUGGUGAUUUUCUUGAGUCAAAAUGAGAGUACCCCUAAACUUUUUUUUAAAGAAAAAAAUCACUGCCUAAAAGUAUAUAAUACCUGAAGAGAGUAUUCCACAAAUUGGGGAGCCACCGCAAAAAGGCCCCGCAAAAAAGUUCUCAUGCUGCCCCGCAAAAAAGUUCUCAUGCUGCCACCCUCCGGAUCUUGUGUGGAGGGGUGGGCCAUUAACCUGUUCAAGCAGGAUAUUCCUAUGUUUGUGUCUUGGACCAUGAGAGUGCUAGAAAGCAGUUUUUUUAUGGUUCAGUCAACAGAAACAUGUAUUUUAUGGCUAGGUGGUGGUGAAACUCCCAGAUCAUUCCCUUUCACCUCUUAGUUGCUUCACUUUCUGCUCUGCUACUCGGGUGCAGAUCUGAGCGCUGAAAAUCACAUAGAGCUGAAAGAGGAAGUGGGGAAAAGGCACUUCUCUUCCAACUUCUUCUUUCAACUUUCCAGAGGAGAAACGGUACCCACCAAAGUCAGCACCUGAUGAAGGGAAACUGUGAUGGGUGGGUCAGAGGUUUUGUGGGCAUCAGGGGGAAGGCCUUCUGGGUGCCAUUGUGCCCAUAAGCACCACAUUGGCAAACUUCAGCCAACAUGCGUAUAGCAUUGGGUCCCACUGAACAGUGGGCCGUAACAUCUGAGUAAAUAUGCAUAGGAUUGUGUUUUUAGUGUGGAAGACAAUUCAAGAUUUCCUCUCCUGGUUUCAUAGCAAAAUGUAGCUGCUUGCCCUAUAUUGUUUUCAGUCUUAAGUAUUUAACUAGUAGAUUGCAACAUGAAGUUCCAGAACCCUUUAUUUCGAGAGAGGCAAUAAAAAGGCAUGGGCAGAGAAGGGAGAGGGGAAAUACAACAAUUCUAGAGAAAGUAAGGAAAUUAUACAAAUUAAAAUGGUGGGUGUUGAACUGCUCUUUCCUCCUUGACAGAACUCUUCCAAUGGGCUCACCCACAAAGGUGGCGUCCAGGUACCAUUCUUCGGAGCCUGUCUUUGGAGCAGUGGCUGGCGGAGUUAUCCAAGAUGCUUUGCUCCACAUGGCCAGGGAGAAUGAGCAGCACCUGAGAGAGCUGUGCGAAGAGGCAGGUUGCUUUAAAGAGACACAGAUCGUGGGUGAGAACUGAGCUUGGCAAAUUCAGUAGGCUGACAUGCCAAAAGACCCUGCAGCUAUGAUUCUGAGGAUUCCCCACCUCUCACCCUUUAUUUAUUUUUUUGACAGAAUUUGUGUUUCUUCUAUCCGAAAAAUGGAGCCUGACUGAAUCGGCAAGAUACCAAGCCAUAGAAAUAUUUGAAAGGUAGUGAUUUGUUCUGCCCACCUUGAGAGAAGAUAACAUUUUACAUAUUCUUCACCUUUGAGGUGUAGCUUUAGGACAACCAUGUUAUCAUCUCCGAGUGAUAACUUGACCUUUACAUGCUCCCCUUAUAUAUUUUUUUAAAAAUAUGGCUACCACAGGUAUUAAUUUAGACCACUUGGGCAAAAAAAAUGAGAGGCACAAAUACAAGAUGGGUGACACCUGGCUUGAGAGCAGUACAUGUGAAAAGGAUCUAGGAGUCUUGGUUGACCACAAACUUGACAUGAGCCAACAGUGUGACGCGGCAGCUAAAAAGCCAAUGCAAUUCUGGGCUGCAUCAAUAGGAGUAUAGCAUCUAGAUCAAGGGAAGUAAUAGUGCCACUGUAUUCUGCUCUGGUCAGACCUCACCUGGAGUACUGUGUCCAGUUCUGGGCACCACAGUUCAAGAAGGACACUGACAAACUGGAACGUGUCCAGAGGAGGGCAACCAAAAUGGUCAAAGGCCUGGAAACGAUGCCUUAUGAGGAACAGCUAAGGAAGCUGGGCAUGUUUAGCCUGGAGAAGAGGAGGUUAAGGGGUGAUAUGAUAGCCAUGUUCAAAUAUAUAAAAGGAUGUCACAUAGAGGAGGGAGAAAGGUUGUUUUCUGCUGCUCCAGAGAAGCGGACACGGAGCAAUGGAUCCAAACUACAAGAAAGAAGAUUCCACCUAAACAUUAGGAAGAACUUCCUGACAGUAAGAGCUGUUUGACAGUGGAAUUUGCUGCCAAGGAGUGUGGUGGAGUCUCCUUCUUUGGAGGUCUUGAAGCAGAGGCUUGACAACCAUAUGUCAGGAGUGCUCUGGUGGUGUUUCCUGCUUGGCAGGGGGUUGGACUCGAUGGCCCUUGUGGUCUCUUCCAACUCUAUGAUUCUAUGAUUCUAGGAGUGAAGAGCCUCAAGCCCAGGGUCCAAAUACUCCCCCUUUUUUCUCAGGACUCUGCCCAAGGCUUUACACCCCUGCCCAGCCACACUCCUUUUGCCCAGGCUCUGUCUUGCAGCUCAGCAAGGCCAAGCAGGCUGUACAGACUCUGCUUGCAAAUAAUAAUGUAAGAAACACCUUCCAUUAAUCAUAAAUGCAAGAGUUUAAGGGGAAGGCAACUGCAGUAUGUCACAACUUCCUUCCUCGUUGUGCUGCUGGCUAGUCACAUCAGGCCCACCAAGCCUCUGCACUGUUUUUUUCUGCUUGUAGUGACUGCCAAGGGGCCCAUCCUGGUGGGCAAACACUUUCUGUUUAGAGGACGUGUUUGUAGGGCAAUUCACCGCUCCUGGGACAGUAGAGCAAGAGUACAGUGGUACCUCUGGUUACAUACUUAAUUCAUUCCGGAGGUCCGUUCUUAACCUGAAACUGUUCUUAACCUGAAGCACCACUUUAGCUAAUGGGGCCUCUCACUGCCACGGCGGCGCCGGAGCACGAUUUGUGUUCUCAUCCUGAAGCAAAGUUCUUAACCCAAGGUACUAUUUCUGGGUUAGCGGAGUGUGUAACCUGAAGCGUAUGUAACCCGAGACACCACUGCAGAGGGCUUUUCACGCCGUUUCACACAUAGUCUGUCACUGCCAGGUAUCUGCAUCAAGCAAGCACCUUGCAAUUUCCCUUUCAGGACUCCUCAAGCUGCUUUAACUCCGUGACAGAUCUAAGCAAGCACUUUUGAUUCUAGGGUGUUGUAGAGAGCAAGGUUUACAGGUACUGCCAGCCUUGCUUCAUCUUUGUAUAACCAUAUUUUUUAUCCUUGUACUUUCUUAGGUUCAUGCUUACACUCAUUAAAGAGGCUUCUCAUCUCACGAGAGCAAAGGAGGAAGACAGCAAGUGGGUAUCAGUGAAACAGCAGAUUGAGGGCACAUAUGUCCUGCGUCUGGUCUCUUGCAUCCAACUUGCCAGCAAGCUCUCCUUCCAUUAUAGUGUAAGAAGAUUCAAGAAGUGCCCUUACAUAUUUUGACAUAAUCUUUGCUCUCUUUAUGCACCAUCCCAGAGCCAUUAUCUGUGGGAGGGAAUGUUAAGACCAGUAUUUUUUAUAUUAUUUUUUUGGAGCAAUGUUACAGUAAUGUCUGCCCAAUAAAUGAAAAUGGGGGCUAUUGCUUGCAAAGCCAGAUGUACUCUGCAAGUAAAGGUAAAGGUGAAGGGACCCUUGACCAUUAGGUCCAGUCGUGACCGACUCUGGGAUUGCGGCGCUCAUCUCACUUUAUUGGCCGAGGGAGCUGGUGUACAGCUUCUAGGUCAUGUGGCCAGCAUGACUAAGCCGCUUCUUGUGAACCACAGCUGCACAUGGAAACACUGUUUACCUUCCCGCCGGAGUGGUACCUAUUUAUCUACUUGCACUUUGACGUGCUUUCGAACUGCUAGGUGGGCAGGAGCAGGGACCGAGUAACUGGAGCUCACCCUGUCGUGGGGAUUCGAACCGCCGACCUUCUGAUCGGCAAGUCCUAGGCUCUGUGGUUUAACCCACAGCACCACCAGCGUCUGCAAGUAGCUAUAUUAAAAAUGGCUAAUAGCUAUAUAGCAUUAUGAGGCUUUCACAAUUAUCAACUUGUAGCUGAAGUGGGCGGGACACCUUUUAUAUUAUUGGAAAAAAACAAUAUGAACAGAGUUUGGGGAAGGUUUUCUUUACAUGUUUAUAGAGAGUUGCAUGUAUUUUUAAAACAUGGGGUCUUGUUUUAAGAACUGCAACCAAAGUUCUGCUCAUAGAACAAGGUCUCCUGCCUCCCCCGCCCCUCUGCAGCUCCCUUUGCAGCCCCCAUAGCUUGAAAUGUCAAUUUAAUUCAAAGUGUGUGUUGCAAUAAAUAGACAACAGAACUCCUUUAGCACCCGAUCGUGGUAGACAGAAGCAAAACAAGGUUGGCAUUUUGAGAGUAAUGGUCACAUUUCUGUCUUCGUACAGAUAGUGAAUAACAACGUGGUUCUGAGGUUUCUGAAGUCUUUGGGCUUCUCCUAUACCACAGAAGAACUACUGGAAUCUGAACUGGCCAUUUUGAAGGCUCUGCAUUUCCAAAUCAAUUUUCCAGCCCCUUUUGCUUAUGUUGAAAUGCUGCUGGAGGUUUUAGGUAAGGGUCAAGAACAAGACAUAACAUUGGGCAAGCUUUAGCUAAGGAGGUAAAAAUAAGUCACAGCCCCCACUCGUCUUCUUUGAGCAGCAAGCAGCUCUAGGGAACCCUUAACAGGGCAUUUUUUCUGGUGUACAGAGCAGUGGAAGAAUAAGGGUAUGUCUCGAAAUCUAUUCGCUUUAGCUUCUUCUGGCAUAUUGGGCUCCUUGUUUCAGGGAAAUGAAUACUUGGAUCAACUUGCAGUGUUCCCAUUCUGCAGCAAGUCCCAUUCUGAACAUCUCUGCUUUAAAGGAGAUGCUGUUAAUCAGAAGGAGGGGAAAAGACAAUUUUUUGCUGCAACAGAAUAACUGUACCUUGUGAAUUUGUUGCUAGAUCUAGCCUGAACACACAUUCAGUUUGUUCCCCUUGCUACCUUUCCCUUGUAAGCUAUUUCAGAGAGAGCAGUACCUUUUGGCUUUAAGUUUUUGGGGAAAGUGUACAAAAAUUAAGGCGCUGAAACCGAGGCAACAAAUCAUACAAUAGUUUGGCCACAUAAGGAAGAAGGGUGUGGUGAACUAGAAGGGAGGUCCACUCAUCUACCCUAAAUUGCCCAAAGGGAUAGUCAAGACAUAUGUUUGUAGAUUCUGGUUCCAGACAGAAACCUAACUGCAGCUUCUGCUGCCUUCUGUUAUUCCUCAUGAUUAGGGUACAAUGGCUACAUGCUGCCCACAAAACAGCUGCUUAAAAUGUGCAGACAUUUGCUGGCUUUAACGUACCUCUUGCGGAGCAGCGUUUAUGACACCUUGCUGAAGACCUCAAUUAAAAACUCCUCUCCGAAUGAGCUCCAGCUGUAAGUUCUGGGAAGUGACAAGCUAGAAAUGAAUUCAUUCUGGUAAGGGGGGAGCUUUUGGGGGGGGGCAGAACCUCAGAUUUUUAUUGAUGGGGGGGACAGCUGCCCCCCUUGGCUACACCAAUGGCUGGUGACUGGCCCAAGGCACUUCCAGACUCCACUGUGUCUGUUGAAGCAGCACAAAGAGCAGAGAGCGCUUUAGAGACCAAGAAAGUCUGAGUCACUUUUCCAGGCAGCACACCUUAACAGAGGCCUGUUUGUAAGCAACGCACAUGGGAUGGAGCCUGACUUCACAAAAUUUGGCAACAGCACAGCAUGCACAGCUCUCGAUGUCUAUUGUAAGGUAUCCUUCAAAUACAGUGUGGGAAUUAGCAGGGAUGGGAAGGCUGGUAUUUUCUAACCCAGGCUAAAAAUGUCCUAUUUGGAUAUGUUGCUGAAAGGAGACAUAGUUCAGCUGUAGACAGCGGAUGAGCAAUGUUCUAUUCUUACAGCUCCAGAAGUAGAAAAAAGCCUUGUGAAAGUGCCACACACACACACACACACGCACAAAGGUUAAAGGGAAACAGAGAACACCACUCGGUACAGCUGUGGCUUAAAAAAAGGGGAAAAAUCUGCAUCACCAUUAAGGGCGGCUUGCACAAUAAAAAGUAUCAAUGUGGUUGAAAUGGACCAUCAGGCAAUAGCAGCUAGAGCCCCAGCAUUACACAAGUCCCUUAGAAUGACUGGAGAACUGUAUCAUAUUUUUUUACAGAAACCUUUCAAAAGAGUUAUUCCAGAGCGAGUUUCAAACUACUUCAUACAAGGAAUUAGUCUGAAAACGGCAUGUGAUGGUCCUCUGUUGCAAGAUACACUGCACUCUGGAUCUUUUAUUGUCUCCCUUUAUAUAAAAAAAGCUACAUUUUUAGGGCCUUUUCUACGCAAUUGGUUCUAAAAAUGUCUCGUUGGAUAUAAGUGUUUUUCCUCAACAGAAACACUUUUGUUGCAAGAAUAAUGCAUUUUCAUAGCACCUGUAACACAUUACAUUGCGGCCGAGAAAAUACACCCACUCUGCUGGUGUGGCUUAUGGGAUGUGGCUGCAUAAGUGGUGUGGGCAUAUACUGAAUAUUGCCUAGGACAGAGGUUUUCAACCUUUUUGAAUCCACAGCUCCCUUGGCCAACUGCAUUCUUUCUGCGGCACCCCUGUGGGGCUCAGGAGCCCAGUUAUGUCACUCCUUGCCUGCAGAGCUGCCACCCUCUCAGCCUUUUUCGAACACCCUCCCUUGUGGAGUGUUCCCUUAGCCUCCUCUCCUCGGGAGUCCUCUGGGCAGCCCCUGGGCUGCCACCCAUGGUCUCUGAGCUGCCCCAAAGGGAGGUGCCUCCUCACACUGCCCCACAGGGGCCUGGGACUUGUCUGUCCAUUCCCAAUAGCAAGGGCUGGCAGACUCGCUGGCUGGGCUCCCUUGCCCGCUUGCUUGCUUACUCCGAGGCCGCCUCAGCUCCUGGCACCCAGCACCCCUUGACCAGCCCCAGAGGCACCAUUCACCUGUGGAUCUUGUAGCCAGGGCUGCUGCAAGAAACAACUGCGCAAGCCUUUUGGAAGCAGAGAUGUGAGAGGGCAUCAGAAGGAGGGAGGGAAGGAAAUGAGGACCGAGGCUAGCGUUGCCCGUGGCACCCUUGACCAUCGUUCAAGGCACCCCAGGGUGCCACAGCACACUGGUUGAAAACCACUGAAACGAUACAUCCUUCUAUACCGUUCCGUGACCUUUUGAAAAACUCCGUUUUAGACUUCUAUAAGCACAUCCCUGCUAUACUACUCAAGCAAAAAAUAACUCAUGUACUCAGUUAACAAAAGAAAUGUAUGAAAAGCAAUAGAAAUUUGCCCUUUCUCUUCCCCCUGCCUGCCUCCCCCGGCCCUGCAGCAUUGCCUACCAUGUCCUGAUCUAUUUACUUCUUAAAAUCUAAAAAGAGAUUCUCUCCCGCCCCCUCCAACACUGGUGGACUUAUCUCCAGUGGCAGAGUGUCUGUGAACUUUUAUAUUUUUUUAGGAAGGAAUGAAAACACCAAAGAGGUUUACUGUUCUCGCAUUAUGUGCAGACAGGAUGUGGUAAUAUUGCCACUGGCUCAGUCACAUGCAAGGAUACCAUAAAGCGACUUCUUUGUGUGUGUUUUUAGCUUGUGGAUAGACACACAUUCUCCUUUUUAGAUGGCGGUAGCUCCCCCCCCCCAAGGGACAUGGGUGGCGCUGUGGGCUAAACCACAGAGCCUAGGACUUGCCGAUCAGAAGGUUGGCAGUUCGAAUCCCCACAACGGGGUGAGCUCCCGUUGCUCGGUCCCUGCUCCUGCCAACCUAGCAGUUCAAAAGCACGUCAAAGUGCAAGUAGAUAAAUAGGUACCGCUCCAGCAGGAAGGUAAAUGGCGUUUCCAUGCGUUGCUCUGGUUCGCCAGAAGUGGCUUAGUCAUGCUGGCCACAUGACCCGGAAGCUGUUUGCGGACAAACGCUGGCUCCCUCGGCCAAUAAAGCGAGAUGAGUGCCACAACCCCAGAGUUGGUCACAACUGGACCUAAUGGUCAGGGGUCCCUUUACUAGCCCCCCCACACACACCUAAAAAAAAAUCAAAAAAAUCUUCUGGUGCCAUGUUUCUUUGUAAGGAAAUAAUUCCUCCUUUUAGACUUUGGUGUGGAUUUCUGACAUUCCCAAUAACCUAGAACAGGGUGGUCUAACUUUUCAUACCAAGUGGGCCACAAGAGUGCUUUGACAGGGAACCCAUGGGCCACACACUGCCUUGUCACACAGGGUAGGAGAGUGAGGCCAAAACGUUAUGCCCCUCGCCAGCCCUCACGCUGCCUUCCCAAAGCCGGGCGAGAUGCUGGGCUUGGGGAAGGAGGCCGGAGGACUCUAAGACUCUUGUCAAGAGCCCUCACACCUCCUUCCCAAAGCCCAGUGCCUCUGCGGGGAGGGGCGUCAAAUGUUGCCGAGGGCAGCCCCAAAAAAGGUCUCAGGCUGGGGCUGGUGGAGUGGCAGUACAACGCAGCUUCUCCAGCCCGACGAGUCUUGCUGCUAUUAGUGGCGUGCAAUGCCACACCUUGUCUUACCUUCUUGCUUCAACUGGAUAGGGCGAAGUUUCUGCCAGUGAAAGAAGAUCUCAUGCUAUUGGCUGUCGGAGUCAUUGGGGCAAGCACUUUCCUCCUGAAUCCCGAGGGCUUGAAUCAGGUACUUACACUUUUCUGGCUUAGCCACAAAACAACCACGGGGCUACAAGGUGUGGGAACCCAGGGGUGAUGGAGUGGAUUCCACUCUUUUCCAUACACCCCCGACCCUUGCCAACUUCCUUGCCAGGUAUCCAUGCACUGUCUUAACGUCGCCCUAUUUCUUUUGAAAGGUUACGGAAUACCUCAGCGACACCACAGGCAUCGGUCGGCAAGACAUUAUUGAGGCAGUCUACGCAAUUCUGAAGCACAGCGUGGGCGACGACUAAUUUCUUCCACCUUCAUCCCCUGCCCUCCAAACAGCAUGCUGCCACACUUCAUUUGGGGCUCUCAAAGAGAUGGUUGUGCUCCAAAGAAACAAGGCAACCAGUUAUAUUUAAAUGUUAAUGCUUACCUCACAGGCUUUUGUCCUGUUACCGUAACCUUUUGAGAAGGCCUGGGGCGGGCACUUAAAGUGGACACUUAAAAGGGGCCUUAGGCCUACAACCAUUGAUGCCUUGCACAGUUACAACACUGGUGAAGAAGCAUAACUCCUGAGGGCAGACACGGAGAUGUAUGUGCUUCCGCAACAGGAGAAGAAUGUUUCUUCUUCCAGGCCUCCCUGGAAGGCAGAAGUCUCAGUGUAAGUGGAUGAACUCAUUCACAAGGGAAGAAGAAACAUUAAAUGCAUCUAUGGCAGCUCAUG